AAUGGCAACAGGGAGUAGUAAUGCUCAUAUACUAAAUAAUUAUGAUUCAGUUUCAUGGUCUGAAGUAGACCAGCCACUUUUAGACCAAAUGACAGAACAGUCACGGGAUACUUCCUGCUUGAAUGCUGUAGAGUGGCCACUUCGGCGUUAUGGCCGAUUUAUGCCUGGAGCUUUGGGCACUGCUUCAGGAUCUUGGAAGGUUUUGGAGUCAAAUGAAGAAUCUGGCUUUCUUGUUCUCAGUAUAGUUAUUUCAGGCCAUUUCUUCAUUUCCAGAGGAAAAGAAGUACUGGAAGGAUUUUCAUUAAUUGGUGCUUCUCAGUGGUUAAAGGUGGUACGAAAAGCAGAUUGCAUGUUAGUUGGUUCAAAAUUAAAGAGCAAACAUCGUAUGUUUCGUAUACAAUUUACUGGAGACUCCCAAACCGAGGCAGAAGAGCAUUGCCAUAGCUGUAUGCAGAAACUAGCUGAGUAUAUUCCAGUUCAAGUGACAGAUGCAAUAAGGCAGGAAUUACACCAAAGCCACUGUCUGCUUCUCACUGAUGAAAGUCAAAUGAAAGAUACAGAACAAAAUGUCCCAUUACAAGAUACCGUUACAAAUAUAUCUCCAACACAUGGAACAAUGUCUAUAGCAGAGCUAGCCCAGUGUAUGCUGAUACCAGAUGAUCAACUUCCUCUUGCAUAUCAAAAAUCCACAUGGAAUACUGAAGAUUUAAGCAGCUUUAUUCGCUUGUGCUUAUUGGAUCAACACUUCCCAGGAUUUGUGGAAGAAGUAGAGAAACAGCUAAAAAAAAUUAUAGAUAGCUAGAAAGCAAAAUAUUUAAAAUGUAAUUGUUAAAAAAAUCAACCAUAGUAUUGCUGAAAGUUUCUACUUCUUAGUUCUUUAAUUUGCCUUAAGAUUUGAAUAUGUAUUUAUCCUAUCUCUUAAAGCCAAAGGGCUAUAUUAUGCUCUGUUUUCAGUUGUAAUAUAAAUAUUAGUGUCUAAGGUGCAUCAAAUUAUUUUAUAUAAAAUUAAUAUAUUAAUAAUAAAACUAUAUUUCAUGUAUUAUAUAUGAUUAGUCAUUCCAUUUGUGAUGUGUGUGUGUGUGUAUUGAACAAUGUGCAACAGCAACUCUAUAUAUUUUUCUGAUAAUGAAUUCAAUUCUACCAUUAUAAUGGAUUUUAAGUACUUCAUGAAAUGUGU